CAAACGUUCCCUGAUCGCUUAUAAAAAGGAUUCGAAAGAUCAGAUCGAUCAGGUUUCAUCCUUUGGCGUGUUUUUCUCAGCUCAAUACUUCCCCCCUGCUUACGUUAGCACACGAGUAGUCCUCGUUGUCAAAUUAUCAUGUUGUUGACUACUGGAGCUGCCCGCGUCUUUUUGCGCUCGGCGGCCGUCAGCAAAUCUGCCGUCAAGACGUUUGCUGCCCGUGCCGUGUUAGGCUCGGGUCGCUUAAGCUCGCCUUCGUCGUUGUACCACGGAUGCUCAGUCCAGACUUUUACUAGUCUCCCCAACGACGCUUCCACCAGUUGCAAGGAAGGACGGGAAGCUUACAACGUUUCGCAGACACACAAGGGCACGGACGCCUGUCUCAAAGUCGGUAUUGACAAACUCGGGAUCACAGGCCCUUCCACAAUCUACCGCAACUUGAACUACGACGAAAUCUUUGAGCACGAAGUCAAGAACGGCGAAGGCGUUGUGGCCAAGGCCGAAUACGGUGACACAUUUUGCGUCGAUACCGGAAAAUUCACCGGUCGUUCCCCCAAGGACAAGUGGAUUGUAUUGAAUAAGGGAUCCGAGACCGAAGCCAACAUUGACUGGAAUAGUAUCAAUCAGGCAACCAAGCCGGAAGUAUUCGAUGAGCUCUACGACAAAGCCGUCGACUAUUUUAAUCAACGCGAGUCGUGCUACGUCGCGGAUGUCUAUUGUGGAGCCAAUCCAUCCACACGCAAGAAGAUCCGCUUCUUGUUCGACAAGGCCUGGCAGCAGCACUUUGUAACGAAUAUGUUUAUUCGUCCGUCAGACGAGGCGGAGCUAGAUGGGUUCGAUCCUGACUUUACCGUUAUUAAUUGCUGCGCACAGGUAGAUGACGACUGGGAACGCCAUGGUCUCCACAGCGACACUGCUGUAGUCUUCAACAUAGAAAAGAAGACGGCCGUUGUUUUCGGAACCUGGUACGGUGGAGAAAAUAAGAAGGGCAUCUUUUCACUCAUGAACUACUGGUUGCCUAUGCAAGGACAUUUGCCCAUGCACUGUUCCGCCAAUGUUGGCAAGGAAGGUGACGUGGCCUUGUUUUUCGGGCUCAGCGGAACUGGAAAGACCACUCUGUCAGCCGACCCGCACCGCGCUUUAAUUGGUGACGAUGAGCAUGGAUGGGAUCACGAUGGCAUCUUCAACUUUGAAGGUGGCUGCUACGCUAAGACAAUAAACUUGUCUGAAGCGACCGAGCCAGAUAUUUACCGAGCCAUCCACAAGGACGCUCUUCUGGAGAACGUGGCUAUUCGGGACGAUGGAACCCCUGACUACUCGAAUGUCUCCAAGACGGAGAACGGACGUGUCUCGUAUCCAAUUUUCAACAUUCCUGGGUAUCACAAGGAGCAAAUGGCUGGGCAUCCUAGUAACAUCAUCUUUUUGUCCUGUGAUGCAUUUGGCGUAAUGCCUCCUGUGGCUCGUCUGUCUUCCGGGCAGGCCAUGUACCACUUUUUAUCUGGAUACACAGCCAAAGUGGCCGGAACGGAACGUGGAAUCACGGAACCCUCAGCCACAUUCUCGACUUGCUUUGGUGCUGCGUUUAUGACUAUGCACCCGACCGUGUAUGCUGAUUUGUUGCAAGAAAAACUUGACAAACAUGGAUCCCAUGCCUAUCUGGUUAAUUCCGGAUGGUCUGGAGGUGCCUAUGGUACCGGGAAGCGUAUGAGUAUCAAAACGACGCGCACAUGCAUUGAUGCAAUUCUAGAUGGAUCCAUUCACGAUGCAGAAUUUCAAGUGGAUCCUAUCUUUGGCUACGAAGUACCCAAAAGCCUUCCCGGACUGGACGAUCUUCUCUUGGAUCCCAAGUCGACUUGGGAUAACCAGGACGCCUACGACGAAACAGCAGCGAAACUUGCCAAGAUGUACUCCGACAACUUCAAGCAGUAUGAAGGAAAGGGGUCCAUUGACUACACCAAAUUCGGACCCAAGAUAUAAUUACGGAACAAUAAACCGGUCUAUAAAUGGGAGCCUAAUCUAUGA